GUAGCUGUCUCUGUCUGUAGCGUGUAGCAUAGUAAACAACAUCAGCAUACAAUGUGAACUAAUAGUCCGAUUUCUAAACACUGGCGCUAGAAAUUGUUAGCGUUUCUAAGUAUUCACAGUAAUCUAAAUUCCAGCCUAAGUAUUGGGUGCGGUAGACGGACUCGACGAGAAUUUUUUGCUCAACUUUAAAAGCGUGAAAGGAAUCCUUUGGCGCCAUUAGAGUUACCCGCAUCGUGUAUUGGAAACACCGGUUAGAUAAUUCCUUUGAAACGAGUCUUCAAUCAUCGCACCUCGACGUAUUUAUUUUUUAACGCCCGCGAAUAUACAAGUGUGGUUGGUUUAGCGGCAUUCAGCCAGUCACCGCUCAGACAACACACGGUAGACAUUCGCGUCGCGCGCAAGCGAACAGUUUUCCCGCCGCAAAUUGAAAAGCGCACGUUCUGAAUUCAAGUUCCUCGCCAGCUAUUGGUGCAGUUUAAAUAAUGCCUAAAAAGAAAUAGUAUUAAUACUUUGCUUUAAUUUAUUAACUGGAUCACGUGUGAAGUUGUGACUUUAAGAACCACAUGCUUACAGUGUCUACGUUAUCGCGUACAAAAAUCCUGUGAUAUUAUUUUGCUGUGAAACUUAGUUAUAAAAACUCUAGUGGAACAAAACUCUAAAUAAUUUGACAUUUACGGUUUCGUGAAAUUGUAUUUCGCGAAACAAUAAACAAAAAUUCUUUAUGAUAGGUCCAUAUAUGAAGUGUCAACAUUUCUACCCCAAACAUUAUGAUUUACAAAUGGAUAUUAUGAUAAGAGUGAAGUGCUGUCAAGAAACUAAAAACCCAAAGUGACGAAGUGCCCUGUAGGUGUCUGUUGUGCUACCGUUCCGUUGCCUUCCCCUUACCCAUUUAGUAUUCAAAAUGUCUGACAAGACCUCGUCGUCGGUCGGCCCGCGGAGUUUCGAAACGAUUUCUGAGGAGGACCUCACCGCGUCGCCUUGGGAGAAACUGUUGGGAGAGGUGAACACUGCUGUUCCUACGAUAAUAAAGACUAAUGUGUCGAGUACAACAAUCUCUAGAAGCGGUGAGGAGGUGUCCAAGAACCCUCAAGCCGAGGAUCUGGAGGCGAACAAGUUGACGCGAUCCAAGAGCCUUAAUCAGCGAAGAAAUAGCAGCGGCCUCCUCAGCACGUUCCCUCGGCAGCUGAGACUCUCACUGCGAGGAGUUCGGAGCGAACCUUCAAGUGUCAAAGAUGUGCCUACGACCAGGAAUGACAGCUCUCUCAACCUCCUUCUUAGAUACCGUCAAGCCCGUUACGCAGCGAGACGCGUCCGAAAACGCGUCAUCUUCAAACAUGGAGACUGCAACGUCGUCCAAUGGAACGUGGCCAAGCGCAGGCGCCGAUACCUUCAGGACAUCUUCACGACCCUCGUGGACGCUCAGUGGCGCUGGACGCUGCUUGUGUUUGCGCUCUCUUUCAUCCUCUCAUGGUUACUCUUCGCUCUCAUCUGGUGGCUCAUCAUCUUCACCCACGGAGACCUCACCCCUCCCCCUCCCAACGAAAAUGUCACCUUCAUACCCUGCCUCAACAACGUCAAUUCCUUCACCGGCUGUUUCCUGUUCUCUGUUGAAACACAACACACCAUCGGUUAUGGCUCAAGAACAACCAACGAAGAGUGCCCGGAGGCUAUCUUCGUGAUGUGCCUCCAGAGUAUCGUGGGUGUCUUCAUCCAGGCUUUCAUGGUGGGAAUCGUGUUCGCAAAGCUCUCUAGGCCUAAAAAGCGUGCCCAGACCCUGCUGUACUCCCAGAAGGCUGUCAUUUGCUUGCGCGAUGGCCAGCUGUGUCUGAUGUUCCGUGUCGGAGACAUGAGAAAGUCCCAUAUAGUUGAAGCGCAUAUAAGAGCACAAAUAAUCCGCCGCAAGGUGGGUCUUAUAUUCGCGAAGCUGGCACGUGCAAAAAAGCGUAACACUACACUCCUCUUCUCUCGUAACGCGGUUAUAUGUCUGAGGGACGGGGAAUAUUGCCUGCUAUUCCGUGUUGGAGAUAUCCGCAAGUCGCACAUACUGGAAGCGCACGUGCGUGCCCAGCUUAUAAGGAAAAAGAUAACUAGAGAGGGUGAGGUGCUGCCGUUCUACCAGCAAGAGUUGAAGGUUGGUGCUGAUGGAGAGGAAGACAGACUGAUGUUCAUAUGGCCGAUGACCAUAGUCCACAAGAUCAAUGAGAAGUCGCCAUUGUAUAAUCUAUCCGCGUCCGACAUGCUCAGAGAGAGAUUUGAGAUCGUCGUUAUGUUGGAGGGUGUGAUAGAGUCCACUGGUAUGACCACUCAGGCUCGCAGCAGUUUCUUACCAUCCGAGAUCCUCUGGGGCCACCGCUUCGAAACCAUGGUCACGUUCAGGAAGGACACUGGAGAAUAUGAGGUUGAUUAUACCAGAUUUAACAAUACAUAUGAAGUGGACACUCCCCUGUGUUCCUCGAAGCAGCUGGACGAGUUGAGAGCAACAGUCUCGACCUCACAGAAAUUAGAUCGUAUGCUAGGCACCAUCCCGAAGACGUUCUCCGCGGACACCCUGGACCUGAGCUCCGUCGACUCCAUGUCCCUCGACGAACACAUAGAAAUCAAGAUCCCAGAAGCUCGAGCGCGGGAGAACAGGCUGAUGGCUCAGAACAACUUCGUUCAUCACAUCAAUGAGAAGUCUAGAAAUCCGAGCCACACACAUUUAGCAGUUGAAAACCUCCAGGAGAUUCAUAGGAACCCGGUUCCUAUAGAGUACAAGCACCCAGAAGUGAAGGAACAUAUGCACAGGAGUCAUAGUCACGCUAGUAUGAAGAAAGUCCACGGUCUGACCCCUAAUGGCAUCGGCCAUGCGGGUAACGGUCACACCGACCAUAAACAUGAUGACCACAAUAAAAUGAGAAAAUCCCCAAGUGAGAACCACAUAGGAAACAAACAGCCAGUGAUCCCGAUCUUGGUGACGUCACCGGCCCCAGAGCCCGCCUGACCCCUGCGAGACCACAACCCGCCCGCAGUCAUCGGCGCGCGGCUCAAGAAGCCACACGUCACCUUCUCACCCCACACAGAGAGCAUCGAGAAUAUACACCUAACCAUUGAUGAAGAGUAGAAGAUAUCCAAUAGAAAUUACUGCAAAGUUCAUAGGAAAAAAAAAUUAUAUGAGAAUUAGUAUGACUAAGUGACACUUUUAUGAUAUAGGUAGUAAGUUAGAAACUUUUUUGAUAUCAUUGCAAUUUUAUUAUACAGGAUGUAUCCUUCUGUAUUAAUGACGAAAUACGUGCUUGAGUGUUCAAUAAAAAAGUGUCGGUUACGUACUAGAGGUGUAUAAAGAAAAUGUUGUU